AAUCAGAACAUCAACUUGCAGAGGUUACGAAUAGAAUUUUAGAUACUUUACAAGAUGCAUGGAAUAAUUUAGCAUUUAGUUCUGAAUUUUCGGGAUUUCAGAGUGAAGGUACUUAUGUGAAUAAUAUAGUAUUACCUACUAUUAGAGCAACAUUGAAAGAUUUUCCUCUAGAAAAUCAACUUUUGUCAGCAGUUCCAAAAAGCAGAGUAGCGCGAGUGCAGAUAGAAGAGGUGAAGGAUGAUCAGGUAGGCGACCAAAUAUAA